GAACAAGUAUUUACUCAUUGUUAAAAUCUACACAUAUUCACAUAUCCUCUAGAAAAUAAGUGAUUAAUUUAUGAUAAUUAUCAUCAAGUGAUUCAGUGAAUAUUAGCUGAAAAAUUCAGUCUACAAUCAAACAUCUCAGGCGAGCUGAAGGGACAAGAGGAUGGGUUUCUGUGAUAAUAUUGUUAAAACAUUUCUCUUUAUCACAAACUUCCUGCUUUUCUUGUUUUCCUGCACUGUUCUAGCUCUGGGAAUAUGGAUACUUGUGGACAAGCCAUCCCUUGUUAAUAUCCUUGAUCAGGUUGAAUCCUCCAUACCUAUUUAUGAUAGUGCAGUGAUUCUACUUUUGUUUGUAGCAUCUGCAGCGAUAUUGAUCUCUUUCUUCGGCUGCUGUGGGGCUUACAAGGAGAGCAGAUGCAUGCUGGGUUCAUACUUCCUAAUGAUUCUGAGCCUGCUAAUUCUUAUCACCAUUGGAACUGUAAUCGGAAUUUCUCAGGGAAUUGAUAAUUUCAGUAACCCACUCAAAGAUACCUUGUAUAAGUAUGAUCCAACUAGCUCAAGAGCAGAUAUCAAGGAAAUUACAGGACUAUGGGAUGCUAUGCAAACAGAGCUGCACUGCUGCGGAGUUGAGAGUGCUAGAGAUUGGAGCCAGACGAAUCCGAGAUUUGAUGGAACUGGAUAUACAGAGGAUAACGGAGCUCUACUUCUCGGCGUUAAAGUCCCUGAAUCUUGCUGUGCGACUUCAAAUAAUAAGGCUCGUUGUCAAGUGGCGCCUAGCGGAGCUAAUGGCGCCUAUAUGGCUGGUUGCUUUACUAUACUAAAGGAUGAAAUAAGUUCGCAUAUGAACGUCGUUGGAGGAGUGGCGAUAACUAUAAUCAUUAUCAUGGUGUUGGACCUGAUGAUAGCCGGGUACAUGUGUACAUGUGGUGUUGGUGAAGAUAGACCACAAAAACGGCAUUAUGUCAGGCCUGGGCAUGUGCAACAACCAUAAAUGAUGGUAAUCAGAAUAAUUUGUACAAUAGUAACUGUAAAUAUCAUGAUAUUCGGAUAAUAAAUAAAUGUAUAAAUGGUA